AUGAUGAGCCUCUCUUUGAUCUGGGGGAUUGUUAUAGCAGUGUGCUAUUGUUUAUACCUACUUCUUGGAAUGAGAAGAAGGCAGAUGGGUGAACCACCUCUGGAGAAUGGGCUGAUUCCGUAUCUGGGUUGUGCUCUGCAAUUUGGUGCCAAUCCUCUCGAGUUCCUCAGAGCAAAUCAAAGGAAACAUGGUCAUGUUUUCACCUGCAGACUGAUGGGAAACUAUGUCCACUUCAUCACCAAUCCCUUGUCAUAUCAUAAAGUACUAUGCCAUGGAAAAUACUUUGAUUGGAAAAAAUUUCACUUUACUGCUUCUGCAAAGGCAUUUGGACACAGAAGCAUUGACCCGAGUGAUGGAAACACCACUGAUAACAUAAGCAAAACUAUCAUCAAGACCCUGCAGGGUGAUGCCUUGAGCUCCCUCACAGAAGCCAUGAUGGAAAACCUCCAGCUUGUCCUGAGACCUCAGGGGCCACCACAGCCCCCCACGCCCACCUGGGUGACCGAGGGGAUGUACUCCUUCUGCUACCGGGUCAUGUUUGAAGCUGGCUACUUGACGCUUUUUGGCCGCGAUCUCGCAGGGCAAGAUGCCCAAAAGGCGCUCAUUCUAAACAGCCUGGACAACUUCAAGCAAUUUGAUAAAAUCUUUCCAGCCCUGGUGGCUGGCUUCCCCAUCCAUGUGUUCAAGACAGGACACUACGCCCGGGAGAAGCUGACGGAGGGCUUGAGGCUCCAGAAGCUCAGAGAAAGAGACCACAUCUCAGAGCUGGUCAGGUUUCUUAAUGACACAUUCGCCACCUUGGAUGACACAGAGAGAGCCAAGUCACUCCUCGCAGUCCUCUGGGCAUCACAAGCAAACACCAUUCCAGCCACUUUCUGGAGCUUGUUUCAAAUGAUUAGAAACCCGGAGGCAAUGAAAGCGGCCACUGAAGAAGUAAAUAAAACACUAGAGAACGCUGGUCAAAAAGUUAGCUUUGAAGACAAUCCUAUUCAUUUGAAUCAGAUUCAACUGGACAACAUGCCCGUGCUAGACAGUAUCAUCAAGGAGUCUCUGAGACUUUCCAGUGCUUCCCUUAACAUCCGUACUGCUAAAGAGGACUUCACUUUGCACCUCCAGGACGGUUCCUAUAAUAUCCGCAAAGAUGACAUCAUAGCUCUUUAUCCACAGUUAAUGCAUUUAGAUCCAGAAAUCUACCCAGACCCUUUGACUUUUAAAUACGAUCGCUAUCUUGAUGAAAAUGGGAAGACAAAGACUACCUUCUAUAGUAAUGGGCUUAAGUUAAAGUAUUACUACAUGCCCUUUGGGUCAGGAGUCACUAUAUGUCCUGGAAGAUUAUUCGCUGUCCAGGAAAUCAAGCAGUUUUUGAUCCUGAUGCUUUCCUAUUUCGAACUGGAGCUUGUGGAGAGCUGUGUCAAAUGUCCGCCUUUGGACCAGUCCCGGGCAGGCUUGGGCAUUUUACCACCAUUGUAUGAUACUGAGUUUAGAUAUAAAUUCAAACAUCCGUGA